AAAGAACAAACAAACGAGUGAACGAGAGGAGGAGAAGUCGAUGGGGAGGAAGUAGAGGAGAAAAAUAGAAUUUUAUUUUUUUGGGGAAAAAAAAUUUCCCACCUCGUGCAACCGUCUCGCCUCGUUGGCUGGCAUCUCCUGCCCCCGGGGCGGCAGGAUCCAAGCAAGCGUAGCCGCCAACAAAAAUCACCGCGGAUCGCAAGAACGAGGAGGAGAAUACGGUCGCAAAUCUGCAUCUGCUUGCCCAUCCAUCCAAUUAGCCGCGGUGCGGUUCUGUGAAUCGAAUCGUGCACAAAUUGUUUUGUUCCGUUGCGUCCUGUUUCGAUCCAGUUCGUGCGCUGUGCUGCCGAUAAAACCGAUGCGUCGCCACGCGAACCCUAGAGCGGGCAGCGGCGGCAGCUGUUGCUUGUAGUGGUGGUGGUGAGUGGGGGGGGGGGGGGGGGGGGGGCGGCAGCGGCGUCGGAGGGUCGGCCGCCAUGCCGUGGCUGGAGAUGUGGCUGCCUCCCGCGGGCUGGGACGGCGCCGGCGGUGGCGGAGGGGGAGAGGGUGUGGCGGCGGGGCUGUUCCUCGACGGCGAGGCGGCCCACGGCGCGCUCCUCGCGGCGAUGCCCGGCUGCUCCGCGUCGUUCGGGGUGCGGCGGCGGCCGGGGUUCGUGUCGCUGACGAUGUCGGUGAAGGGGGGCAGGGGGUUCGUGGGUGGCCCGGUGGGGCUGCUCGCGAGCGGGGAGGAGAAGGGCGCCCGGGCGGAGGAGGCGGAGGGGCUGGUUGCGGGGAGGAGGGAAACCGAGGAGGAGGGGAAGGUGGUCGAGGAGGUGAAGGAGGCUCGUACUGCUGCGGGCGCCAUGAACAUGACGAAACAUUUAUGGUCUGGAGCCGUCGCUGCUAUGGUAUCCAGAACAGUUGUUGCUCCCCUUGAGAGACUGAAGUUGGAGUACAUAGUUCGUGCUGAGCAAAGAAAUCUAUUUGAGCUUAUCCAUGCCAUUGCAACAACACAAGGGUUGAAAGGCUUUUGGAAAGGGAACUUUGUCAACAUUCUCCGUACUGCUCCAUUCAAGGCAGUCAACUUCUAUGCGUAUGACAGUUACAGAAAGCAGUUGCUCAAAUGGUCUGGCAAUGAUGAAAUAACAAACUUUGAAAGGUUCAUCGCCGGUGCUGCUGCUGGUGUUACAGCAACGAUAUUGUGUAUACCAAUGGAUACGAUUAGGACAAGGAUGGUAGCUCCUGGUGGUGAAGCCUUAGGAGGAGUUAUUGGUGUUGCCCGCCAUAUGAUCCAGACUGAAGGGUUCUUCUCUCUAUACAAGGGAUUGGUACCUUCACUUAUCAGCAUGGCGCCAUCUGGCGCUGUAUUCUAUGGAGUAUAUGACAUAUUGAAGAUGGCCUACCUGCAUUCUCCCGAAGGGAAGAGGAGGGCAUCAACGAUGAAACAACAAGGUCAAGAGGCAAAUGCAUUAGAUCAACUUGAGUUGGGCACGCUUAGGACCUUACUCUAUGGUGCUAUUGCUGGUUGCUGUGCUGAAGCAGCCACAUACCCAUUUGAAGUAGUUAGGAGACAGCUGCAGAUGCAAGUCAAAGCAACGAGGAUGAAUGCUUUUGCAACAUGCCUUAAAAUUGUUGAUCAAGGUGGAGUACCGGCACUCUAUGCUGGCCUGAUCCCCAGCUUGCUACAGGUUCUGCCAUCAGCAUCUAUCAGUUAUUUCGUAUACGAAUUAAUGAAGAUAGUCCUGAAAGUGGAAUGAAUGCAAAUUAAUUCUUGAGCAUGCACAUCAAGUUUAAGAGGCCCAGUUCACAUUACUUUGACAAAUGAAAAAAAAGAACACAUUUUGAUCUGUUCCUGUAGCAUUUCUUUACGGAAGCUUCAGAGGCCGUGGGAGUAGCUUUAUCUUGGCCAAAUCAUUGUUGGCUUGAAGCUUUACACCACAGGAUUACCUUACACACGAUGAGGUCUAGUUCGACAUCUGAUUCAAUCACCUAUUCACAGCAGAUUGAUCUGUUGUAGCAAAAAACAUCUGGGCUUCUUGCCCUUCAAAUUUCAAUUAACAAAUUUUCAACUUCUCAUGUUUGAUGUAUUGAUGCAUCGACUGGAAAGGAAAGUGCGCUAGUUGCUAAAACCUCAAGAGUGGCAUGUGCAUUCCCCUGUGCAAUCACACAUUGAUUGGUUUGAUUUUGCUCUCCGGAAUGAUUGAUUUGCAUC